GGGUGGGGCCGCCUGGGUGGCCUUAAAGGGAGGCUGUCUGGGGCCCUGCACUCCUCCCGCUCACCUGGCUCUGCGGUGGGGACAUCGGCGGAGGCCACACCUACGCUCGAACACAUCUGACAGCACCUGGGCAGGGAGCUGAGAGCAUCUCCACCCCUGAUCCUGUGGUGGCUGAGACCCCCGAGAACAUGGACCGAGUGACCAGAUACCCCAUCUUCAGCAUCCCCGACUCGCCAGGCAUGGCGGGCCUGGCUCUCAAUGGGGACGCCUGCUACACGUACCAGCUGGUGCAUGUGGAAGCCUCGGACAGCGACUGGGGCCCGGACCAGACUGCAGGGUGGGGCGGUGACCGCAAGGCCCAGCCGGACGUGCUGCGGGCAAGGGCGCCCCGCAGCCUGCGCACCUGCCUCUGCCAGCCGUCCCUGCGGCCCGAGGACGAGGAGGAGGACGAGGAGGUGAAGGCCUACCGCCUGCACAGCGGGGACGCCCGGCCCAGGCGGCCGCCCGACCUGGAGCAAGAGCGCCGGGCGGUCAUCCAGGGCCAGGCGGUGAGAAGGAGCAGCACGGUGGCCACGCUGCACGGCGCCCCUGACCCGGGACGGCCUCCGCUCACCCCCCUGGAGGACAGCGUGGUGGACAGGGAGCAGAUUAACUUCCUGGCGGCGAGGCAGCAGUUCCUGAGCCUGGAGCAGGCCAACGCCGGGGCUCCGCAGACCCCGCCGGCCCGGGCGGCUCCGGAGCGCGCCCCCACCAGGCUCAGCCAGGCCCCCCAGGCCCCGAACCCACCGCUCCUCGUAGCCAAUGGCUAUGGCUACGCCGCCUCGGCCCAGCCCCGGGUGAAGGAGGUGGGCGUGGGAGAGAAGAGGCUCCGCGGUUUGCCCCUGGGGCCCGGUGUCCAGGCCAUGGGAGACCCCAGCGCCUGGCCCCCCGCGCGGUCCCCGGAGGCCCCCCCGGAGACGCCCAUCGAGCGGGAGAUCCGGCAGGCCCAGGAGCGCGAGGAGGCGCUGCGGGAGCAGCGGGGGCUGCGGCGGGCCGGGGCCCCCCAGGAGCUGGUGCAGAUCCCCGCGCGGCCUCUGCUGGCCACGCUGAGCCCGGCGGCCCCGCGGCGGGACCGGGGGCGCCCCUCGCUCUACGUGCAGCGCGACCUGGCGCAGGAGACGCAGCGGGAGGAGGACCACCGGCGGCGGGAGGGCCUGCAGGGGGGCUGGGCGCCCAAGCCCGAGGGCAAACCCGGGGGUCCCCAGCCCGGACUCAGGAGAGCGCUGAGCUCAGACUCCAUCCUCGGCCAGGCCCCAGACCCCCCCAGGGCAGCCGACCCCCCCACCCCAGAGCUGAGGAAGGUGAGCCGCAUCCCCCCGGACGCCUACCAGCCGUACCUGGGCCUGGGGGCCCCCCAGCAGCAGGUCCCGGCCUCCCCCGCACCCGGCAGGCCCGGCGGGCUCCCCGCGGGCGAGGCCAAGGCCGCCGGGCCGCAGAGGCUGCCCUCGGAACCCUCCAGAAAGCCUCCGGGCACCAAGCAGGAGACCUGGAGGCCCCCCGGGGGUCCCCCGCCCGCACACAGGGGCAUCGUGCGGUGGGAGUACUUCCGCCUGCGCCCCCUGCGGUUCGGGGUCCCGGAGGCGCCCCAGAAGGCUGAGGCCCCCCGCACCUGGGGCUGGGAGGUGGCCGGGGCCCCGGCUCUGAGGCUGCAGAGGUCCCAGUCCUCCGAGCUGCUGGAGCGAGAGGUGGAGAGCGUGCUGAGGCGGGAGCAGGAGGUGGCAGAGGAGCGGCGCCAGGCUCUCUUCCCCGAGGUCUUCUCCCCGCAGCCCGACGGCGACGGCGACGGCGACCCGGACUCCAGGAGCUCCUCCCGGGCGUCGGGCACCACCGGGAGUUACUCAGUGUCCGAGUCACACUUCUUCACCCCCAUCCGCCUGCACUCGGGCCUGGUGUGGACGGCAGAGGCCCCCGCGGAGGCUGCUCCUGGGCAGGGAAAGAAGAAGGAGCAGUGGUAUGCCGGCAUCAACCCCUUGGACCAUGUCAACUCGGAGCUCCUGGAAGCCACGCGGGUGACCCGCCACAAGAACGCCAUGGCUGAACGCUGGGAAGCCGGCGUCUAUGCCAGCGAGGAUGAGGACUGAGCCUGAAGAGGGGGCACCUGGACCCUGCGGGAACUGCCAAGACCAUCCCUUAGACCCCCACCUCAGGAAACAGGUCCCCAUUUAACCCCACAGUCCGAGGACCACUAAUGACACGCCCACAAUCCUGAGGGCGGGUGUGGCCCUGGACUCAAGGGCUUUCUGUUCUGAUUUUAUUUUCCUAGAGAAAUCGUUCUGCUCUUUCUGGCUCUGAAGCCGGGGGUAAAACGGGACCUCUGUCAAUUCCUCCUGCUUCGAGGACUUUGCCAAAUGCUCUCCGUCCGAGAAGAACGGAGACCAGCUCCCCUCCCCCCCGCUCGUCAUUGUUCCCACCAGUCUGAGGGCAGGGAGGUGGGUGGGGGAAGGCUUGUGUCCUGGCACCUCGAGGAGCCGCAGGUCUGAGCGGCCCCCUCGGCCCCCUCGACGUCCCAAUCUAAGUGGGGGCACGUGCCCAUUUCACGUGCCCCCGCUCCACCCCGGGGAAACCGUCCAGGCUGAGGAAGGAAACCUGAGUGCCCAGCCUGAGGGCCUCCGCACGGCCCUCCGUCCCCGCCAACGCCGCUCGGCAAAGCCCCGGGGACAGCACGUGGCCUGCGGAGGAAGGGCUUGAUCUGUGGGCUCAAAGGGGUUCUUGUGUCCACGUCCACCGUGAAUAAACCCUCCUCCCUCUGGCUCA